AGACCGACAACGGGAGAAAAAUGUAUCAGACUGAGACAAGCAUAGGCGCACGGGUCGGAGCCAAAGAGAAGAACAUUUCGAUACACAUCAACGAAGAUGUCAUACAAGUUGAUACCCAGACACUGUAUAAAGCAAGUCCAUAUUUCAACUCUCUUCUGAGAGGCGGGUUUUGCGAGUCCUCACAGUCUGCUAUCAAUCUAACUGGAAGUUUCCGAUCAAUUGAUGAAUUGGUGAAUCUACUUACAUAUACAAAUCAGGGAAAUUUGGAAAUCACUGAUGAUACGUUGGAAGAUGUUCUACACGAUGCUACUUUCUUGAUGAUCGACUCGCUAAGAACUCGGUGCGAAAAAUUCAUGAUCUUCAACUUAGCCCUUGAUAAUUGUCUACACUAUUUGGCACUUUCCACACUCUAUGAUGUUAAAACAGUGCAAAUGAUCAGCCAUGCUAUUGUGAGAUCACGCUUUCGCGAUAGCAUACAGUAUGGAGAGGAAGUUCUUAGCGUCCCAUUUGACUUUUUGUCGAUUUUGAUACAACAGAAUGUGAUGAAGUUUUGCAAGUUGGGAUCGAAAAGGGAGUUGCUGACACGAUGGGUUAUGCAUAACCCAAGAGAGAGGGAGUAUCUUUACUUCGACUUGGUACAUCUAGCUGGCUUAUCGAUAGGGUUUGCAGAUAUAUCUGUAGUGUUUCCAUAUCGUCUAGUUCUGCCUACUGUGACAACAGGUUGGAUGAAGCAUAUCGACAGUCUCCAAAAUGAGAGAACAGGACGUACACAUACUGAAAUUUCAUUAGAUAACAUACUGGGUAAUUCCACAAUAUGUGGAGAAAGAGAAGUAGUGUGUAUUGCAAGCAACGAGAGGUGCGUUGUGUUUGACGAAGAGACAGACCGAUGGCAUACCAUUCCACAAUGUUAUACAUCAAACAUAACAUUUUCAGGGAAUCUGACGAAUAAUUUAGUUGUCCAUGUUGACAACAACGGCAAUAUUAUUGUUGAAAACAUGGCCAAGCGGAAAUGCGUCCGUAUCCUGAAACGCCACGAUGUUUCCUUCAUGCCAACAACAUAUUUCUGUCAUGGCGGCAAUUUGUAUGGUAUCGGGGGACACAGAACAAAGAAGCCGGAAAAUUGGGUGAACAAAGUUUUUGAUCCCGUAUACGGCCUUCACAUUGUGUGUACCUUGAAGCGGUUCGACAUGCGGCUUGGGACCUGGACGUCGUGUGGGACUAUUCCCGGGGCACCAGCCCUGUGUACUAUUCGACAUACCAUAGACAAAGAUAACGACGCUGUUUACAUGUUGGCCUCAAGAAUGACCUCGGCCUAUUUAACAGAUAGUCCUUCCUUCACAUUCCAUAGUUUUAAUCUACAAACACAAAUAGGUAAACAACUGCGUUCACCUGAAAUGGUAGAUAUAAAAAGUACACACCUGCUACAAUCACAAGAUAGCGGCGUCUUCCUGGUUGACCUUGAGAGACAUACAAUUCAACAAUACAACUCUGUAUGUGACGCUUGGAAAUUGUUCGCAUAUUUGCCGAAGAUAGUAGAACAUACCGCACAAGAGGUGCUUUCACUCUCUGAGGACAGCAUGCAUGUAAGGGGUCACAGACAAAUCGUUUCGUCUAGCGACACUUUGUAUGUGUUGUCUUCGAGUCAUCCAUUGGUCAGCAGCUUCCAUAGACUUGCUGUUGGCGAAUGUAGCUGGACGGAAUUACCACCUCCCCCGCUAAAUAUACAUGCGGCGUCUCAUGUGACAACACUUCUCUUGGAAGGCCAUAUCAUUGAAGAUCUACCUCUGAGUAGAUUUGAAGAUUAAUUUAUUUUGAAUGCUACAUCUGUGAAUGAUCUACUGUAUAAAACAUUAAUUUUCAUUUGACGGCAUAUUGAUUCAAUUCAUCUAAAAUGCUACUAAGAUCUUCGAGUGCAUUGGAUAAAGACAAGUGCAUCUCGGAUUAUUUCAAUCCAUCAGUAGGGGCACUUAAUUACCCAGUUUAAGGCCAAAAUCCCUAGUCAAAGCAUUAUUAAAAUGAAUUUAGCCCGGCUUCUAUGGAUUUAGUAAUAACAUACUGGUUUUCAAAAUUCAACAUUUGGUGGAAUGAUACACCGUUAUUGUACAUCUUAAUCGUCUCGAUGGACUUAAAAAGGGACACAGGGUAAUCAUGAUUAAUAAAGUCAAUUCUGUAAAACAUUUAAACAAAUGGUUACUCCGUGUACAUAAUAUAGCUAUUUUAUUUCAAUAUAGG